AUACCACAAUUCCUAAUGAUAUUCUUAGAUUUAAUUGGUGGUGGUCGACAACGUAAAGUGUUAAUCGAUUCCACGUCAUGCCUAAUUGUUAUGAGUCUGAUGUGUCUCCAGUGUACACGACGUUUUUAUGAAACAAAUUUUGUGCAAAUCUUUUCCAAGAAAAAUAAAAUAAAUAUGGGACAUUAUCUGGUGGGUUUGGUGCAUUAUUUCGGAGCGAUCCUAACUAUUUUGAUAAAUGCUGAAGGAUUUGUAAGAGAUUCCCCGUCUGAGGGACUCAAAUUGUCACAGCUAUAUUUUAUAAAUUAUGUGGGACUCGCCUUGUUCCUUUUCUCUUGGUGGCAUCAAUAUCAAUCGAAUUUAAUUUUGGUGAAUUUACGCAUGGAUAGCAAAACGGGAAAAGUCGCCACAGAGAAGCAUUUGCUACCCAAGGGAGGUUUCUUUGAAUGGGUAUCAUCGCCACAUAUGCUAUUCGAAAUUAUGUUAUAUGUAGCUCUACUCUUGGGUUUCAUGGGAAAAUUAGAAAAUUAUCUCAACUAUUAUAAACUGAAUUUAGUCAAUACAAUAUUUAUUGGAUUCACUGUAAUAAUUGUGAUAUUUGGAUCGCUCAUUACGGCCGUGGAAUCCAUUCUGCCCGAUUUCAUUAAACAAUCCUUUCGUUACGGCAAACAUAAACAUAAUGGUCCCGAAAUAACGAUGGUAUCCCGUAUGGAGGUGCCCAAAUCAUGGUUUAAACAUUUCUAUAUAUUUGCUUUCUCCUGGGCAAUGUUGGCUCUAUAUCUGGUGCUCAAGGGUAUAAUUAUGCAUAGUACGGCUCCGGAAUAUGUCAUCGAAUUUUUAGACUUUAUGGCUGGUGGGUCGGAAAAUCGUCAGGUGUUAAUUAAUUCGAAUAGUGCGCUGGUGGCCAGUGUCCUAAUGGCGUUGCAGUGUGCCCGUCGUUUCUAUGAAACGAAUUUCGUACAAAUCUUUUCAAAGAAAAGUAAAAUGAAUUUAUCCCAUUACAUGGUGGGGUAUUUACAUUAUUUCGGAGCCAUUCUGGCAUUGUUGUUGAACACUGAGGGUUUUGUUAAAGAUUCCCUCCCCUCUUCAUUUAGUUUUACAAAAAUCACUUUAUUACAAUAUGUCUGCAUAUUUGUGUUUCACUUUAGCUGGUCCCAGCAAUAUAAAUCGAAUAUGAUUUUGGUUAAUUUACGUAAAAAUCCCAAUACCGGCAAGGUGGAAACUGAAAAACAUUUGCUGCCUAGUGGAGGAUUUUUCCAGGUGGUAUCAUCACCCCAUAUGCUAUUCGAAAUACUUAUGUAUGUCUCAUUGUUGGGUAUUGUGGGCAAGAGUUUCACCUGGAAAUUGGUUGUCAUAUGGGUGUUUAGUAAUCAGUUAAUGAAUGCCCUGUUGACCCACAAAUGGUAUAAGGAAAACUUCAAGAAUUAUCCCAAACAACGCAAGGCUUUAAUACCAUUUUUACUUUAA